UUCUUUUGCUUUUUGUGCUUUUAUAAUUCGAACCUAGGCCUCUGCUUUUCCAGUCAAAUUGCCCUAUCUAUCGGCAGGCGAUACCCCCUUGCCUUCCCAUGGCGUGGCUAUAGACCCUGGAAGGCUGCAAGCGUCUGACAGAGAGCGGCAAUCCUUUCUUUUUAUUUAUUUUUAGCUUUAAAUGCAAACAUGUUUAGAUGGCCGGUCCGGUCUUGGUUUUAUAACUGUGCAAAACCGACCAAAAAAGAAAGCACAGAUAGGAACCAGUGGCUUGCUGAUAUCCUAAGCAACCACAGGGAGAGAAUCGUGAGAGAGCUGGAUGUGCAGAAAGUGCUGUCAUAUCUGGUUUAUGAGAGAGUCUUUUCCUUGGAGGAGUACAAAGACAUUUUGUCCCGGGAGUGCUGCGAGAAGCAAGCUGCCUAUUUUUUAGAGAAACUGGUUUGCAAAGGGCCCGGUGCCCUGUCCGCGUUCUGCUCGGUGCUGGAGGAGGUCUGUCCCCACUCGUUCAUUUCCGUUCUCCUUGGCUACCAAGGUGUAUUAACCAGGAGCUUUACUGAUGAAAAUUCCGAGACUUCCAAACUAAGAAUAGAAUCAGAGAUGGACUUCCAUGAGCACAGCGAAGCCAGCGAUGUGGAAGGAAACUCUUUGGCCGAUGACCAGAUCGACCAUUCAUUCAACAAAUACAGGGUAACACCAUCCUCUGAAAAUCCCAAUGGUUCUAAUUGUAGUAUAAGCCAAGGAAAGCCUUCUUUAAGAAGAAUAAAAGGGAGAAUACACAGAAGCAAAAGCCUCGAUAGCCUUGAUUUCUGCGAGUUCAAUAGCACAACAAUGGAAGAAACGGCGAUAUGGGAACAACACACAGUGACGCUUCACAGAGCUCCUGGAUUCGGGUUUGGCAUUGCAAUAUCUGGCGGAAGAGAUAACCCCCACUUCCAGAGCGGUGAAACAUCAAUAGUUAUAUCAGAUGUGCUCAAAGGAGGUCCAGCAGAAGGGCUGCUGCAGGAGAAUGAUCGUGUUGCAAUGGUCAACGGUGUGUCGAUGGAUAAUGUGGAGCAUGCUUUUGCUGUUCAGCAGCUGAGGAAAAGUGGGAAAAAUGCCAAAAUUACCAUCCGAAGGAUGAAAAAAGUCCAGAUCCCAGUCACUCGGACAGAUCCAGACCCAGUGUCUGAAAACGACGAGGACAGCUACGAAGAGGACAUGCACGACCCAAGGAGUUCCCGCGGUGCUGCGAGUGCAACCCGGAGGCACGAGAAAAGCUGGGUGAGGGACCGAAGUGCAAGCAGAGAGAGGAGUUUGUCGCCAAGAUCCGACCGGAGAUCGGUCAGCUCCAAUCAACCCGCAAAGCCCACAAAGGUCACGUUGGUCAAAUCGAGGAAGAAUGAAGAAUACGGGUUGCGCCUUGCCAGCCACAUAUUUGUGAAGGAAAUCUCCCAAGAUAGCCUGGCAGCAAGAGACGGCAACAUUCAGGAAGGUGACGUUGUACUAAAGAUAAACGGAACAGUCACGGAAAAUAUGUCAUUGACAGAUGCCAAGACCCUAAUAGAAAGGUCAAAGGGCAAGUUGAAGAUGGUGGUUCAAAGGGAUGAGCGAGCAACCCUGCUGAAUGUCCCAGAUCUUUCUGAUAGCAUUCAUUCGGCUAAUGCUUCAGAAAGAGAUGACAUUUCAGAAAUUCAGUCGUUGGCAUCCGAUCAUUCCAACCGAUCCCAUGACAGGCCCCGCCGCAGUCGUUCACGAUCUCCUGACCAGAGGUCAGAGCCUUCAGACCAUUCCAGACAUUCUCCACAGCAGCCCAGCAAUGGCAGCCUCCGGAGCAGAGAUGACGAAAGAAUAGCAAAGCCAGGAGCAGCCUCUACUCCUGUGAAGAAUGCAGAAGAGACCCCCCUCUCCAAAACCGUAGAAGAAUCUGUUAUGGAGAGAAACGAGAAGCAGACCCCACCUCUUCCAGAACCAAAGCCAGUUUAUGCUCAGGCCGGGCAGCCAGAUGUGGAUUUGCCUGUCAGUCCAUCCGACGGCCCUUUGCCAAAUUCAACACAUGAAGACGGAAUGCUUCGGCCAAGCAUGAAGCUUGUCAAAUUCAAAAAAGGAGACAGCGUGGGCUUGCGGCUGGCUGGGGGCAACGAUGUGGGGAUUUUUGUCGCCGGUGUCUUGGAGGACAGCCCUGCUGCCAAAGAAGGCUUGGAAGAAGGGGACCAGAUUCUCAGGGUAAAUAAUGUUGACUUCACAAAUAUCAUCCGGGAGGAAGCAGUCCUGUUUCUGCUUGACCUCCCCAAAGGGGAAGAGGUCACCAUUUUGGCACAGAAGAAGAAAGACGUUUAUCGGCGCAUUGUUGAGUCAGACGUAGGGGACUCUUUCUAUAUUCGGACCCAUUUUGAAUAUGAGAAGGAAUCUCCCUAUGGCCUGAGCUUCAACAAAGGAGAGGUGUUCCGAGUGGUGGACACAUUAUACAAUGGCAAGCUGGGAUCCUGGCUGGCUAUUCGGAUUGGCAAGAACCACAAAGAGGUGGAAAGAGGCAUUAUUCCCAACAAAAACAGAGCCGAGCAGCUGGCGAGUGUGCAGUAUACCCUCCCAAAAACGGCAGGUGGGGACCGUGCAGACUUCUGGCGUUUCCGAGGCCUGCGCAGCUCAAAGAGGAACUUGCGGAAAAGCCGGGAAGACCUUUCGGCCCAGCCAGUUCAGACCAAGUUCCCCGCAUACGAAAGAGUUGUCCUUCGAGAAGCUGGAUUUCUCAGGCCUGUGACAAUCUUUGGACCGAUUGCGGACGUUGCGCGAGAAAAGCUGGCCCGAGAAGAACCGGAUAUUUACCAGAUUGCAAAAAGCGAACCAAGGGAUGCUGGGACAGAUCAGCGUAGUUCGGGCAUUAUUCGGCUUCACACAAUAAAACAGAUCAUCGACAGAGACAAACAUGCGCUACUGGAUGUCACUCCAAACGCAGUGGACCGCCUCAAUUACGCACAGUGGUAUCCCAUCGUGGUAUUCUUGAACCCUGACUCAAAGCAGGGCGUAAAAACCAUGAGGAUGAGGCUAUGUCCGGAGUCACGGAAAAGCGCAAGGAAACUGUACGAGAGGGCCCACAAACUACGGAAAAACAACCACCACCUCUUCACAGCCACAAUUAACUUGAAUUCAAUGAACGACGGCUGGUAUGGAGCUCUUAAGGAAGCGAUUCAACAACAGCAGAAUCAGUUAGUGUGGGUUUCGGAAGGAAAGGCAGAUGGUGCUACCAGCGAUGACCUUGACCUACACGAUGACCGCCUGUCCUACCUGUCGGCUCCGGGGAGCGAGUACUCCAUGUACAGCACGGACAGCAGGCACACUUCGGACUACGAGGACACGGACACAGAAGGCGGGGCCUACACGGAUCAAGAGCUGGAUGAGACCCUCAACGAUGAGGUUGGGACUCCUCCCGAGUCGGCCAUUACGCGGUCCUCUGAACCCGUGAGAGAAGAUUCGUCCGGAGUGCACCAUGAGAACCAAACAUAUCCUCCGUAUGCUGCUCAGGCCCAGAGCCAGCCCAAUCACAGGAUAGAGUCCCCUGGGUUCAAGACGGGCGCUGCUCAGCCGAAAGCAGAGACUUCGCCUGGGCUCCCCUACCUCUCCCCAUCGCCGGAAACAAAUCCUCCUCCGGCUUUAUCUACUUCGGCUAUCAACCUCAGGCUGGAGGAGCCUGGCAUGCCCACCUACAACCACUACCCGCCACAAGCCGGGCCCCUCAGGACACCCAGCCUUGAGGCUCCCCACUUAAUGCUCAGAGACCCCGAGCAGCCGUCCUUAUCGCCGCACUUAGAUCCAACCAAGAUGUACAGGAAUGAGCCUUACAUCAACGAGGAGCCCCCUCGGGCAAACUAUGUCUUAAAGCAACCGGUGCAAAGGCAGGAGAAAGAUCCAAACUUGGCCUAUGAACCGCAAACUCCAUAUGUAGAGAAGCAGCCGAACCGGGAGUAUGAGCCUCCCCUGGCCUAUAGGUAUGACUCCACCAACUACGUGGACCAGUUCUCACGCGGCUACGACCCUCGCCUCCACUACGAGGAACGUGUGCCUCCCUAUGAUGACCACUGGUCCUAUUACGAUGAGAAGCCUCCCUACCAGCCCAGGCCUCCAUACGACAACCAGGCUCCCAGAGACUUUGACCCCCGGCAGAAUGCGGAUGAGGGCACGGAACGGGGCUACUUUGCCUCCCAGCCACGCUUUGAGGAGCCCCCUCCAAUGGCUUAUGACAGCAGGCCCCGCUAUGAGCCAAAAAGCUUCAACAUGACGCAGCUACGGUAUGAAGAACAGACUCCGGCAGGCUACGAAGUGCAUGGAGGGCGGUACAAGCCAGAGAGCCAGCAAGCCUACCCUUCUGGAGUGCCCAGGUCGCCCGAACCCAAGCAUUAUUUUGAGCCUCAACCCCAGCAGGGCUACGAACCAGGCCCCCCGCAAGGCUUUGGUGCAAAGGCGGGGCCGUACGAACCGUCUCCCAACCCUCCCCUUCCAUUGCAAAGCAAACCCGAAGUUCUGCCUUCCAACAGUAAACCACUGCCUAUCCAACCAGCCGAGGAGGAGGACGACCCAGCCAUGAAGCCUCAGUCUGUGCUCACCAGAGUCAAAAUGUUUGAAAACAAAAGGUCGUCGUCACUGGAAAAAAUCAAGGACUCGAAUGAAGUUCCCAUAGCCAAGCAGCCUCCAGAGCUGGCACCUAAGCCUAACAUCACUCCAGUGGGCGGUCCAAAACCAGUCUCUCAAAAUCAAUAUGAACACGAUAAACCAGCGUACAGAGCCCCAGAACCACAGAGACCUCAAACGAAGCCCCCCGAGGACAUAGUUCGGGCAAACCACUACGACCCCGAGGAAGAUGAGGAGUACUACCGGAAGCAGCUCUCCUAUUUCGACCGCCGAAGUUUUGAAAACAAGCCGGCUGCUCAGGUCCCUGCCAGCCUCCACACGGAGCCUGCAAAGCCAGUCCACCUCCAUAAUCAGCUCAACUACACCAAUUACGCUUCCAAGGCCAAGUCGAUAGACGUAGAGCCGUUGGAUAGGGUUGUUGGUGAGAAGCGUUAUGAGCCGGUUCCUCAAGUGACCCCCUCUCCGCCUGUGCCUCCGGUACAAUAUACCCAGCCUCAGUCCAUGAACAACCCUGUUGUGUCUCUUCAGCCUAAGUCUGCACUUACUGCAGUGAACUCUGUGUCAGACUUCCAGAACUCCACCCUCACGAAGCCUGAGCCACCGCCACCUCAGAAUAAGCCGGCGGCUUUCCGAUCGUCCAGCCGAGAAGACACCGUGCAGUCCACCUACUAUCCCCAGAAGAGCUUCCCCGACAAGGGGCCGGUGAACGGAACUGAUCCGAUCCCAAAGACGGUCACUCCCGCUUACAACCGCUUCACAACAAAACCUUACACAAGCGCCGCUCGGCCCUUUGAGCGCAAGUUUGAGAGCCCCAAAUUCAACCACAACCUCCUGCCAGAUGAGAAUCAGCAUAAUAAACCAGAGUUGCCAUCCAAACCCCAGAAUUCUCCUCAGCCUCUCUUAAAAGCACACAGCACAUCCCAGCCGGAGUUCGACAGCACGGUGGAUACCUUCUCCGACAAGCUCAAAUACCAACCAAAUAAUAUCAAUGCUGUGCCUAAAGCCAUUCCUGUAAGUCCAUCUGCUUUGGAAGAUGAUGAUGAAGAGGAUGGACACACUGUCGUAGCCACGGCGAGAGGCGUUUUUAACAGCAACGGCGGUGUCCUGAGCUCCAUAGAGACUGGCGUGAGCAUAAUUAUACCCCAAGGAGCCAUCCCCGAGGGCAUCGAGCAGGAGAUCUAUUUCAAGGUCUGCCGGGACAAUAGCAUCCUCCCUCCUUUGGACAAGGAGAAAGGUGAAACGCUGCUCAGCCCUUUGGUAAUGUGCGGGCCCCAUGGACUAAAAUUCCUGAAGCCAGUGGAGCUGCGCUUGCCACAUUGUGCGUCUAUGACCCCCGAUGGUUGGUCUUUUGCUCUAAAAUCCUCCGACUCCUCGUCGGGUGACCCCAAAACCUGGCAGAACAAGUCUCUUCCCGGGGAUCCAAACUAUCUUGUUGGAGCGAACUGUGUGUCAGUUCUAAUAGAUCACUUCUAAUCCUUCCUUACGUUAGCAGAUUGACUUAUAUGCCCGAGACCGAGAUUUAAAAGCAAACAGACAAAACAAAACUGACCUUGCCUAGACACUGAUCCACUCGUUUCCAAGUAUUAACGUUUCUCCUAGUAUUGAGCAGUCUUUGCUUUGACUAACAACGGAUAGCGAAUUCCUUCUCGAACCAUGGUCAGGGUACAUGUCGAUGGGCAGCCGGGUCUUUUCUUUUGCCGUUCCUUAACCAUACACUUUGGAUGCGUCAUGACUUAAAAACCACCAUUGAAGCAAUCCAGUCUAAUUUUUUGUUUAAUUAAUUCCUUUUCUUCCGAUAGAGGAAUUGAAAUUUGAUUCACAGUCCACUUCAGAAUUAGGUCUUUUUUCUAUUUUACGUCAUACACAAAACACCGUUGUGUGUUUCAAAUAUGCAAAGACUCUUGCGGUCACUUAUUAUUAUUUUUUAAAUAAUACAACUGGCAAUCUUUUGAUGCAGUUGCCCACAAAGUGGAAGGAAAUACAUUAUAUUUUUGGUUGCAAACACAAUGUAGGCGCCUUGCACCUCCAUGAAACACGCUCCCCACAUUUAGUCAUGAAGGAAGAGAAAGAAGGCGCAUGUGAUAUAUGACUAUGGUUCAUUUGCCUCUUGUCAGUCUGUAAAUUAACCACAUUUACGACAAAACACAUUAACCAGCAGGGAUGCCUUACCCUCUUGUUUUUACUAGUCCUUUCUGUCAUGGUAAUUCUCUGUACUACUCAGUUUGUAUGGCUUUUCCGGCUUAAUCUAGACUAAUACAUCCUGAGAAAGUUUGAGAAACCCGAUCUAUUUUCAGAAAAGAGCGAGAAUAUACAUAUAUAUAUAUAUGUGAGUGCGUGUAUGUAUGUAUGUAUGUAUAUUACACUCGGGAGUGUUUUUGCCCUGAUCCGCCAGAGGAGAACCCAGAAGAACAUGAUGGUAUGUUUUCUUGCUAUGCAUUUUGAAAAAUUUAUAGAUGUUCUAGAAUUGCUUGUAUAUAACUCGCGCAUACCACUUUUGUUCUCGGUUUGUAAAUUUAACUUUUAUAAGCUUUACCUUUUUUAUAUAUAUAAAUAUAUAUAAAAAAUUACGAGACAAAAAAACGUUUCUUAAUACCUUUGUACUCUCAUACCUUUUGAGCCUUCAACUUUGACAUCUCGCAGCAAUAAAGCAGCAUUUCUACCGUACGUGGGGGGAAAAAAAGGACUUUCUUUUUUUUAAAAAAAAAGAACAAAAAAUGCACAAAAUUGUUAUCUUUUUAAGUGCUGCAUUUAAAAGACUUAACUCGGAAUUCUCUAGUUUGAUUACAUUCUUGGAAAAAAAUAAAUAAAAAGAAAGAGGAAAAAAAAAACAACAAAAGUAUCCCUACUGUAAUUUUUGUGAUAAGGAUGCUGUCCUAUGUGCCCUGAAAUGUAUUUUUUUACUAAUAGACAAUUUAUUAUGGCACAUCAGCACUAUUUCUGUUUAGAUAAUAUACCACUGCAUUCUGUUAAUCGGUUCUUUAGCUAUUCAGGUGUGGCUGAUUUUUUUUUCUUUGCCGUUAUUAAAAAAAUUACACAUUUCUAAAUAUACAGAAUAAAAACUGUUUUUAAAAUAAUA